CCGUAUUGAUUCAACUCCCAUCAUCUCAUCUCCUCACACUGUUAGCUUAUGAGAGCUCUUUUAAUACAGUAAGUCGUCGAGGCCCACGCGCCACCCUCACGCGCUCCGACACCUCCACCGGGCCGCCCCAAUAAAGCCCUCCGCUAAACCCCGCAGGCCGAAGUCUUUCAGCGCAAUCAGUUGAUGAAUUAGGGUUCAUCUGCUGGGUUAGAAUGCAGACUCGGUACAUGGAAAGGACUAACUCAAUGAGAGGAAAGAGGAGUCUGGAAGGCGACGAGGAGAAGCAGCCUGAGCGCAAGCGACCUGCUUUAGCUAGUGUAAUUGUGGAAGCUCUCAAGGUAGAUAGUCUCCAAAAGCUGUGCUCUUCCCUGGAACCAAUUCUUCGCAAAGUUGUUAGUGAAGAAGUGGAACGAGCCUUGGCAAAGUUAGGCCCUGCUAGAAUUGCUGCAAGGUCAUCACCUAAGCAAAUUGAAGGACCUGAUGGACGAAACAUGCAACUUCAUUUCCGAUCCAGACUUUCAUUACCCCUCUUCACUGGGGGCAAAGUUGAAGGAGAACAGGGUGCUGCUAUCCAUGUUGUCUUAAUUGAUUCUAUUACUGGCCAUGUUGUAACAACUGGACCUGAGUCGUGUCUGAAGCUGGAUGUUGUUGUACUAGAAGGCGAUUUUAAUAAUGAAAGCGAUGAUGAUUGGACGCAGGAAGAAUUUGAAAGCCACGUUGUUAAAGAGCGAGAAGGAAAGAGACCACUCUUGAAUGGUGAUUUGCAAGUCACACUGAAAGAAGGUGUAGGAACUCUUGGGGAACUGAUAUUUACAGAUAAUUCGAGUUGGAUACGUAGCAGGAAGUUCAGGCUUGGCUUGAAAGUUGCGCCUGGUUAUGGAGAAGGCAUACGCAUCCGUGAAGCAAAAACUGAGGCUUUCACUGUUAAGGACCACAGAGGAGAAUUGUACAAGAAACAUUAUCCACCUGCACUUAAUGAUGAUGUGUGGAGACUGGAGAAGAUUGGAAAGGAUGGUGCCUUCCACAAGAAGCUAAAUAGUGCAAGGAUAUUUACAGUGGAAGACUUCCUUCGGCUUAUGGUUAGAGACCCUCAAAAACUGCGACAUAUUCUUGGGAGUGGCAUGUCAAACAAAAUGUGGGAUGCACUGAUAGACCAUGCAAAAACUUGUGCUUUGAGUGGGAAGCUUUAUGUAUAUUAUCCCGAUGACUCAAAAAGUGUGGGGGUUGUUUUCAACAAUAUCUAUGAGCUUAGUGGCCUUAUUGCCAGUGACCAAUAUUAUUCAGCAGAUUCACUUUCAGAUAGCCAGAAGGUUUAUGUUGAUUCCUUGGUGAAGAAAGCAUAUGAAAAUUGGCACCAAGUUGUAGAGUAUGAUGGAAAAACACUUUUGGGUUUCAAAAAUAUAAAAGAAAGACACGAGAUUCCUAUGGGCCCGAUGGACUACUCAAAGUCUUUGGUCAAUCCUCUGCAACAACCACAGCCUCAUCGUCUAAGCCAAAAUGAGCAUUCUGCUUUGGAUCCCGGUGUGCUCAUUGGAGGUUCAAGUUAUAAUAAUGAAAGUAUAGCAGCUGCUAGGUACCCCAACCAGUCCUCUCAUAUUAUAAGCUCUACUUCUCGUGUGCAACAGUAUGAAAACCCUCCGUUCGUCCCACACGAUCACCACCACAUGAUCACCAACUCACACCACAUCCAAAACAUACACUAUACCAGCAAUGUUGGUCUUGCCCUUGGCCCUCCCCAAUCAUCUUCAUGCUUCCCGCUACCUGUUCACCAAACCAAUAAUCUCAAUCCUAUUGAUGAGUAUAUGUCCGAGGAGGAGAUUCGUAUGAGAAGCCAUGAGAUGCUCGAGAACGAAGACAUGCAGCACUUGCUCCGGAUCUUCAGCAUGGGCGGUGGGGCCCACACGUCGGUCAACAUUCCGGAAGACGGAUUCGGCGGCAGUGGCUUCACGCCUUUCAUGUCCCUGCCCUCGCCCGGCUUCUGUUUCGAUGAGGACCGCCCCCGCCCCGGAAAAGCCGUUGUCGGUUGGCUGAAGAUUAAAGCCGCAAUGCGGUGGGGAUUUUUCAUCAGGAAAAAGGCCGCCGAGAGGCGGGCCCAACUAGUAGAAUUGGACGACGAAUAGAAGACAAUACGGUGCGAAAGUAUUUGAUUAGGGCAUUGAGUUUCUGGAAAAUCUUGAAUGAAUGAUGCCCUCCCCAAUGUUUUUUUUUGUCAUUAGAUAAUCUAAGAAAAUUUGCACUUUUGAUGCCCCAAAUAUUAGGUCAUUCUUCUCUUCAUCAUUGGUCGCCGACUUCCAUUCUUGCCUGUUUUGGUCAUUUCAAAACCUUUUUGUUCGCCAAGAAUGGUAAAAAUGGAAGUCGACAACAGAAACCGAGAACGACCUAAUACUUGCGGGUUCAAAAGCCGAGAAUUUUCGAUAAUCCAAUGUACAGAAAAAAAAGCCUGUACAGCAAGUUUUAUUCUGUCUGUUUGGCAUUAUAAUAGACUUUGGUUCCGCUCUUUCAGUAUUUUUCUAUUUUUUGUGAAUUGUGAUGUAUUAUUUUAUUGCCACAUACCCCAUGGAAUGGCAUUUACCUUCAUGGAUGUUUGAAUUGUGAAACUAAGUUUGAACUAUGAUAGAAAUGAUGAUUGUCAUGAAAUUUGACUUCUACAUUCUUAACAAUGACAUUAGUUCCCUUAUUAUUCUUGUACUCAAAUCUCUCUCACUCAUCACAAUAACAAUUAAGUCGCGAUUGUUUUGACUCUGAUAUUUCAUAUUGUCUUCUCUUCAUAUUUUAGUUUAUUAUUAGAUUUUGCUUCUUUUUCUUAGACGUAGUUUAAAUCAGGGUUUGGACCAUGCCCAGAAGUGAGGCCCAAACAAGGAGGGGAGUAUCUUGGGCCCUUUCAUGGCCUUCUCAUUGAGCCGCACUUGAAGCAUGGGAGCCAAGUGCAAUUACCGAGCACACUUACUUGGGGUCAAAUCAACUAUUCUUCUCUUCGGUGCGUGGCCCAUGUCUAGAUUGAACUUUGUAAACUAGAUCAACACAAAUUUAGGCCAACACGUCUGGCCCGUCCAUAUCGCCCUUAAAAUGGGCAGAUAUGAACAACUAUAUAAACUCAUCUGGGCUAGGCUGGCCCACAAGAUAAUAUAGACGGAUUUGGGUA